UCUCUCUCUCUCUCUCUCUCUACCAACCUCCACCGUGACCACCACCGUCUCCGCUCCUCAGAGUUUGUAGUCUCAGCUCAAUUCUUGGAGCUCUUUAGCUCGUUGAGCAUCAAAAGGAACUCUGUUGGACAACUAAAGUCUACCUUUUUUUAUUGGGUCUUUUUGCUUUUCAGUCCUUCAAUUCUGAUAUAUUCAAUAAUUUUGACAUCUUAUCCCGACCCAUUAUCCAUUUCCAUCGAACAAUUCGUGUACUGUGUUUGCUUUUCCAGUAUAGAUUUUCAAAAGUGAUGAAUAACAAUCAGCAGCAGAAUGUGCAAGCCGGACCCGGUUCGGGCCUCACCCGGUACCGGUCGGCGCCGAGCUCUUACUUUGCGUCCAUGUUAGAAGACCCUCAAAACGACGCCGUAUUCGGGGGAGGUGAUUUUGACCAUCUCUUCAGCCCGCGAACUUCCGGCCCGGUGGCCCAGACGGUUCUUUCCCGGUUCACGGGCAGCACGGUUACCGUUCGAGGAAAUUCCUCAGCCACGAACGGGCGACUGAGCUCACAGCUGCCGGCUGUGGCAAAGGCGGAGCCCAGUCAGCCACUGCAGAGACAGCAGAGCAACGAUUACACGUCAGCCUCUCCGGCGAUGUAUCACGAGUCCCGUGGUACUGCUGUGGAGAAUUCGUACGGCGGGUUUAUGGGUUCUUACGGCGGUAGUCGGCCGAAGAUGGAGUCUGGCGGCGGAGGUAAUUCUGGCCUCCUUCGUCAAAGCAGUUCACCGGCGGGGAUAUUUGACGACAUAGAUAUAGAAACUGAGUUUGGUAAUAAUAGUAAAAGUAAUGCUAAUGCAGAGGCAUCAUCUUCAUCUUCAUCUGCAGGAAGGUUCAAACGUCAAAUGGAUUUCUCGUCGAGAUACUCUUCAUCCGGGAUGAUGAACACAAUUCCCGAAAACAAUAUGGAAAAUCGACACUUUAGCCGAGAAAGUGGUAAUAAUGUCGACUACAUCACGGGCCUUCCCAUGAGUUCUUGGGAUGAUUCCGAUUGUUUUCUACAGGGGCUGCAGGAUAAUAAUGAGAGUAGAAGAUUUUCGAGUGCAAAUGCCUCGGACGAUCAGAAUAACGAAGGUGGAAAUCGGCAUGCAACCCGUUUAUCUCAUCACCUUAGCCUGCCCACAAAUUCGGCAGAGCUAGAAAAGAUAUUGCAAGAUACGGUUCCAUGUAAAAUGAGGGCGAAAAGGGGUUUCGCCACUCACCCUCGAAGCAUUGCUGAAAGGGUGAGAAGGACCAAAAUCAGCGAACGAAUCCGAAAGCUCCAAGAACUCGUGCCCAACAUGGAAAAGCAAACAAAUACAUCUGAUAUGUUGGACUUGGCAGUGGAUUACAUUAAGGAUCUUCAGAGGCAAGUAAAGACACUUUGUGAUAACCGUUCAAGGUGCUCUUGCCCGGCUAAACAGAAUCUAUAGUACCAAUGGCUUCUCAUGAAUUCGAAUGGAUGUGAAUCCUCUCUGGCACCUAACCACGAAAAAGGGUGUUCGAAUUAGCAUUUUGGUUGGGUUUUAAGUAAUUCAGCCCAACUUUUGCUUAUAUGAGGUGAAGUGUUCAGAAAAGAAAAAAUGAUGAGAAUAAAAUGGUAGCUUUGAUGAACUGUUACAAUAUGCAACAACAGUUGGGGGCAUCAAGUAGAAGUGAUGGAAUUUGAAUAUGUGGGGUUUUAGCAAUAAUGCUUUUAAAUUUGUAUCGCACUAACUAGUGCAAUAUCCAUUUAUUAGCACCAUUCCAUUUAUGGUAAGUAGCACUCGAUUAUGCGAGCACAAUUGCGGUAAGCCUGUAACCAUUUUUAGCAAGAAAAGCAAAUGAACUUUAGAUUAAGGUCUCUAAAAUUUCAACUUUUUUAUCCUCUUUUGAUGUGCGAUGAAUGAUUGUACUAAUAACUUUUGAGCCCACGAAUAACUUCCACUUGAAA